AUGUGCAAGGGUUUGAACUUUUCCUUUUUUGUUGCAGAUAAAAUUGAAGAAGCGCAAAAGGAGCUGAAGGAUCCGACAAGCUCUCAGAAAGGUGUGUCGGACAGCAGCCGCAGAAAUGUUGACAAGUCCCAGAGCCUGAAGAGGAAGAAGGUUGUAGCGGGAAACCAACUCAAGAAAAUCCCCAAAUCUCCAGUGAAGAAACCUCUGCAGUCAAAACUACCAGACUCGGCUGCUCAAGACACACCAGACCAAACUCCUCAGUGCUCUUCCUCCGUAUCAAACAGUCCCACUCACCUCCACACAGCUCCAGCUGCGAAGAUGAGGACCAACAGUGCAAGUCGCCAUUACUGGGAGGACAUGCACAACUCCAAAGGCAACAAGCUACAGAUUUCUCCCAACAACAGCAACCAAAAUGCCUGCUCAGUCCACGGAGUUUGGGUAGCACGGAUUCAGGAUAUUUCUCCAGAUCGGAAAGUGCAGACCAAGCCAUGA